UUUGCUAUUUACACGGGCGUUCCAUUUGCCCACGGUCCGAUCACUCUGCUCGUGGGCGUUAUAAAUAGUAAAGGUUAAUUAGUUAGCGGAGAAAUAGGAUCAGGGGCGGGCAUCUAGAAUUUCCAUAGACAGGUAACUCAAGCGAUCCCCAUUGUCACUGCAAUCAGACCUAUAUAAAUCCGCAUUGACGGACAGCACUCACCACAUAGCCUUACCUCUCAGCUGGAUCACGGACCGAGCGAGAACCCCCACUACGGAUUAAAAUGUCGCUGUCAUCUAUCCUUUCCGCUGAUGCCAUCGAAAAUGCUAUCAAGGAUUGCCAAGCUCCAGAUUCCUUCUGCCCCAGAAAGUUUUUUCAAAUUUGUGGACUCAGCAAAAAAAGCCCCCAGGAUGUGAGGAAGGCUUUCGGGAUCUUGGACAACGAUGCCAGUGGCUUUAUUGAGGAGGAAGAACUCAAAUUUUUUCUGCAGAGGUUCAAUCCUGGGGCUCGGGUCCUGACUGAUAAGGAGACCAAAGCCUUCUUGGCUGCUGCAGAUGAUGAUAGCGACGGCAAGAUCGGAGUAGACGAGUUCCAGGCGAUGGUUCUGUCCUAAACCGCUGGACUCUACACGGCCUCCGUCCUCUGCUCCCCUUCCUGCAAGGGCUGUUUUAGUUUUAGCCUCUUAUUUUCCACGUGGUUAGAAAAAAAGCUUUAGAAAACUAUUUACAUCUGCAACACUCGCUCGGUCAACAGAAAUCCAAUUCCUCUGUUCAGUUUUUGUUUUUUUUUCUCAUAUUUUGGACAGAUUAUAAACUUGUAUGGCCCCCAAAAAAAAAUUCACCAUGUAACUAAUAAAAUAAAAUAAUAAAAUGCAA